GGGGGACAAUGGGCCGGUUCCUGGUGCGUCACGGGGGAGUUCCUUAAAGGGGAAGUGAGCGGGGCUGCGGGGCGGGUGAGGGGUGCGGUGGUCCGCGGGGGAGGUCCCCCGCGCUUUAAAAUAAUGCCCGCGGCGCCCGCGCGACCAUGCAAUGGCGAGCGCUUGUCCUGGGGCUGGUGCUCCUCCGGCUUGGCCUCCAUGGAGUGCUGUGGCUCGUCUUCGGGCUGGGGCCCAGCAUGGGCUUCUACCAGCGUUUUCCGCUCAGCUUCGGCUUCCAGCGCCUGAGGGCUCCCGACGGCCCCGAGUCUCCUGCGUCGGGGCCCGCGGGCCGGCCCGGGGGGCCGUCGGGGCCGUCGUGGCUGCAGCCUCCGGGUCCCGGGGCGGCGGCAGCGGGACGGCGGCGGGCUCCGCGGCGGCCGGAGCCGGGCGUGUGCGGCCCGGCCCACUGGGGCUACGUGCUGGGCGGCCGGGGCCGCGGCCCGGACGAGUACGAGAAGCGCUACAGCGGCGCCUUCCCGCCGCAGCUGCGCGCCCAGAUGCGCGACCUAGCUCGGGGCAUGUUCGUCUUCGGCUACGACAACUACAUGGCGCACGCCUUUCCCCAGGACGAGCUCAACCCCAUCCACUGCCGCGGCCGAGGGCCUGAUCGCGGGGACCCUUCAAAUCUGAACAUCAAUGAUGUCCUUGGGAAUUACUCAUUGACUCUUGUUGAUGCGUUGGAUACACUUGCAAUAAUGGGAAAUUCAUCUGAGUUCCAGAAAGCAGUCAAGUUAGUGAUCGACACAGUUUCAUUUGACAAAGAUUCCACCGUCCAAGUCUUUGAGGCUACAAUAAGGGUCCUAGGAAGCCUCCUCUCUGCCCACAGAAUAAUAACUGACUCCAAGCAGCCCUUUGGUGACAUGACAAUUAAGGAUUAUGAUAACGAAUUGUUGCACAUGGCCCACGACCUGGCUGUGCGGCUCCUGCCGGCCUUUGAAAACACCAAGACAGGGAUCCCCUAUCCUCGGGUGAAUCUAAAGACAGGCGUUCCUCCUGACAGCAAUAAUGAGACAUGCACAGCAGGCGCUGGUUCCCUCCUGGUGGAAUUUGGGAUUCUGAGCCGACUCCUGGGGGAUUCUACAUUUGAGUGGGUGGCCAGACGUGCUGUGAAAGCCCUUUGGGACCUGCGGAGCAAUGAUACGGGAUUAUUAGGCAAUGUGGUGAACAUUCAGACGGGCCGCUGGGUUGGAAAGCAGAGUGGCUUGGGUGCUGGCCUGGACUCCUUCUAUGAAUACCUCUUGAAAUCUUACAUUCUCUUUGGAGAAAAGGAAGACCUCGAGAUGUUUAAUGCUGCGUACCGGAGUAUUCAGAACUACUUAAGAAGAGGUCGGGAAGCCUGUAAUGAAGGAGAAGGAGACCCGCCACUGUACGUGAAUGUGAACAUGUUCAGCGGGCAGCUGAUGAACACUUGGAUUGACUCUCUGCAGGCCUUCUUCCCUGGACUGCAGGUUCUGAUCGGAGAUGUGGAAGAUGCCAUCUGCCUCCAUGCCUUUUACUACGCCAUCUGGAAACGCUACGGGGCCCUCCCUGAGAGGUAUAACUGGCAGCUCCAGGCCCCCGACGUGCUCUUCUAUCCACUGAGACCGGAGUUAGUGGAGUCUACAUAUCUCCUCUACCAGGCAACCAAGAAUCCCUUCUACCUCCAUGUAGGAAUGGAUAUUCUGCAGAGUCUGGAAAAGUACACAAAAGUCAAGUGUGGGUAUGCGACGUUGCAUCACGUCAUAGACAAAUCCAAAGAGGACCGGAUGGAGAGCUUCUUUCUCAGUGAGACCUGUAAAUACUUGUAUCUGCUAUUUGAUGAGGAGAAUCCAGUCCACAAAUCUGGAACCAAAUACAUGUUUACAACUGAGGGACACAUUGUAUCUGUGGAUAAACAUCUUCGGGAAUCACCCUGGAAGGAACUCUUUUCCGAAGAGGCGGGGCAGGACCAAGACGGGAAGUCUGUGCACAGGCCUAAAUCACCCGAGUUAAAAGUCAUCAACUCCAGCUCCAAUUGCAAUCGUGUUCCUGACGAGAGAAGAUACUCCCUGCCCUUAAAGAGCAUCUACAUGCGGCAGAUUGACCAGAUGGUUGGCUUGAUUUGAUCUACUCUUCUCCGUGUGGCCUCUUCUGAAACCGGAUGGAAACAGCCGAACCCACACUGUGCAGAGACCAGUCUGAAGCGGGAGAGGAUGGCAGUCUGGCCAUCCGUGAUGGUGUAGGAAUUUCUGUCCAGCUCCUCACACACAUCUAGCAGAUUCUUGCAUACAUUAGUGUUUCUCUUCUGUUCAAUAAAAUGCCCUAUUUUUUUUAAGGAUAUAAUUUGAAGUAGGAGGGUACAUAGAAGUUGGCUUCUUAGGACAUGCUGAUUUUAUAAGCACAGUGUGGAUGGGGCAUCUUUGGAUGGAGCUUCAUAGCUUCCCACUUUGGAAUCUGACAAGUGUGUUCCUGUCUCUGGCACUUGCCGUGACUGCAGUAUUGCUACCUCUCUGUUAGAGGACUGUGAACAAAAUUUCCGUGCAAAGGGCCUGAGGUUCAUCCCUAUUUAUUGCAUUUUGUUAUCCUUUCUUCCAUUAGAUAAUUGGCUCUCCCUCCACCCACGAUUUUGGAUCACAGGGGGGAUAAUCAUUCAGUUUUUCAUUUGCACCCCACAUAAUCUUCACAGUGUUACAAGUUAAUUGCUUAUGAAUAAUUUUUAUCUGAAUUUCAAAAGGCAGUCUCUUAAAUUGUCACACAGCUAGAUCUCUUGGAUGGUAUAUUACAUUUAAUUUGAACUUACCUGAGGAACUCCCGUAGUUCCAGAACCAGGUGCCUUUUAGGGAGAGAAAAAUACCUAAGAAUGUCUGAGCUUCCAUCUAUCUCAUAUUUACUAACCAAGGAUUCUCAAUUCUGACCAUGUUUGGGUUAGAAUUUUGUUUUGUUUUUGUUUUCUGUGUCUAGUGCCAAUUAGCUAAGUCAGGGAGAAAGAAAUGAUCAGAUGACUCUCUGGCAUCCCUGAGCCAUUUCUCUGACUAGAGGCUUUAGCUUAGUGCCUUAUAGGAUUUUGGUUGGGGCCGCUGGUUGUCACAGCUGCUGCUCUGGUUUUAGCAGCCUUGUUUUGAUUUGUCACAGGGUGGGACCACAGUGAAAAAGGGGAAGGGAUGAGUAUUAGUAAGAUUCUGGAAAAUUCUUGGCCAGUCCUCGCCUUUCAGCAUGAUAUUUUAAGCAAACCUGCAUGAGGAGGGAGUUGUGCUACAUUGCCUUCUUUCUUUGUUAUAUUCUUAGCCAGAACAGAAGUGUCUCUCUUUGAACUUAGGCUGAAUAUUCCUACAGAGCAGAGGUGGAUUUGAACCCUCAGCCUGACUUCCAUAUAACGUCUGAGGUUGAAAUGAAUCCUGGUACAAAGGGUAGAAGUCUCUUAAGAACCUCCACCCUUACCUGUCGUGUUGCCAACCUGUCUCUGCUUGCACACUUCAAAUGAUUUCCUGUUCAUCUUUUUUAAAACCAGAAGUGUGGUCUGAGCCAUUGCAUACCAAUCAAAGGGAGAAGUUUUAUUCCUUCUUGAAAAUUUCAGUGUUACUGUUUUUUAAAAAAAUAGAUACAGAAUUCAGUUCUUGGAGAUUUUUGAAAAAGGGAUUUUCAGUAAUAAAUGUGUCACCUCUGUCUUUUAAAUAUUUAUGCAAAUUGUUGUAAACAAAAUCAAAUGCUUCUGUUUUACCUUUUCAUUUCGGAAGCAUUCUCUUUAUCGGCCUUGUCUCAUCUCCUGAAUAGAACAUUUCCUUUGAGAACACUAUAUAGUAUAUUUUAGGUGUUUUCGUUGACUCGGUAAAAUCAAAAUGUUGCAUUUGACAUACGCAUGUGCACCCAGGCACAGUGUCCCUGUACCUUUUCUCCAGGCAAACUGAGGCGGGACUAUAAAUGUCCCAUCUGGAGGGAUGAGGCCCGUCAGGGAAGAAAGUGGGUCCUCCGGGCAUCCAUUCCCUCUCGUGGCCCUGCUAGGUUCCCUCUCCAGCUUCUGGGACUGCAUUAAUGUGUAGCAUUCCAAUACCACCCUCUCGUCCGGGCCCUUAACCUGUCCCUGCUGUGGCAUUCCAUCCCCCUUAUGCUCAGGAAUAGGGACCUGUGCCCCAGGGCCACUGACGCACGCCAGGGGCUGCAGGCUGGCGUGAGAUGUGUUGUGUAUGAAGUCCAAACCCCCUUGACUUGUGGACACUGACUUGUACCAGUUGGUGAGACUGAGGGUGAGGGUGUUACUGCAGACCAAUCCUGGUGGUUGAGCUUCCAGACUCCCCAGUCUCAAGUCGAUGCUACCUAGUCUGUGAUCUGUGGGGCUAGGAAUACUGUCUAGUGCCAGUCAUGAAACGAACGUUCUUUAGAGCCAAGUUCAAAGCUUGCUUGUUUUCUUUUUGGAAAUCAGAAUGUCAACAACUGUGUUCUCUCUUGCAGGGCUUUUGCUGUUUUCUUCUCUUCUGUGUUGCAGGAUGUCCGGUAGGAUCAGGGAGGGGAGUGUUGAAGAGAUUCCCUUGCUCAGUGCUUUGCCCCAGGACUGCCCUGAUUCUGAACAGAGCUCAUCCUUUGGAACAGCUGUGAGCCUGCACCAUCCUCAAGUUCCCCUGUGUAGCUAGUGUCUGGAGUCUGCUUUGGUCGACAUGAGGAAUGUGGUUUUGCAAAACUCUUGUAGAAAGCUGCCCUGUAGUUAGGCCAGGCAGUGUAAAUCUCCUACCACAGAGUUCUCAGCCGGUGCAGGGCAGGCUUUGCUGCUUCUGGUGAUGUGACCGAGGAGCUCCAUUUCCGGAAUAGUAGGUGACAGGAAGUGUUGGCUGGCGUCCAGCUCUGCUGGCCUUUGUGAAAAACCAGCUUCCAGUGUUCACAUCUUGCCUGCAGUUUGUUCCAGCUCUUCUACCUGAAUUCCUAAUUGCAGGUUCCCAGCUUGUCACAGAUCAGGGGGCACGCACAGGUCACUGAAGUCAUUAUGUGGUGUCUGUGCAGGUGGAUUUUAGAGGAGGCUCUGUGUGCAAUCUGAGGGCCUGAACGUGGCACCCCCUCCUUCCCUCCCCUCCCCCCCCCCCCAAGAAAAAUACCCUCUUAGCUAUUUCCUUAGCUCAGUUUACUGGGUGAUUGCAAACUGUAAUCCUUUGCUUCGGAUCUUGUGGACUGAACAUCAGGCAUCCUUUUCUUCUCUUUGGAGGGCUCCAGAGAUCUUCCUCUUUUGAGGCUUUCAAAUUUAAUGCUGGUGAAAAGGUAGGGCUAAAUGAUUGCUUUCACCAGAGUACCUGAGCAGGGACUUUUGAAGGAAAUCUUGGUCAUUCCUUUUCCAUUCCCAGGCAUCCAGCUCCUUCUCUAGUGCCUCUUCCCUGCAGGGCAGGGACCCUUGUGAAAGAGGGAAGGUGGGCUGGCUGGGCUGUGUGUCCCCAGGUUUGCAGGGCUCAGGGUUCUGUUCCUGCUGGAGUUUGGAUGUGAAUCCGGGAAAAUCUACCUGUGGACCUUCCUGAUUCAUUACCCCCUUUCCCUCUUUCUGAGAGGCAGAGAAAUAAUAUUUUUAAAAGGUAUUUUGUUUUAGUUUUAAAUAGCAAAACACAAGCUGCAUUUUUAUUUAUUAUGCACAAGAAAGGUAAAUCUGUUUUUACAAAAAAAAAUCUGGAGUUGGAAACUCUGGGAAAACCUAUUGAGAUAUACACAUGCUUCUCUCUCUGUAAUGUGCAAUAUGCUUUGCAACUAUAGAUGAUAUUUUAUGUUUAAUCUGUAAAUAAGAAAUGUAUUUAAAUUAAGAGGGAGCUUUUUGUAAAAGGACCAAAUGUUCUUUUAUAAAUGUACUAAGAAAUAUCUUGUUCUUUGAAAUUUAUUAGGAUUUUUAUGAGUAAUUUUUAUUAAAAGAUUCUUUUUUUUUUUUUGAAUUGUCAUUUUGUUUCUCCUUUGUAUACUCACACAUACACAUUACAUUCAGGACAAACAAGGGGGGAAUCUCUUUAAAGAAAACUGUAAAAUUAGACAAAUAAAAACUUGUGUUU